GCCUCCCGGUCUUCGCUGUCCAUCCGACCGUCCGUGGUUUCUCCCUCCGGUCCCCGCUACCCGCCCCGCCCCGCCGAGAAGCUUCGGGCUAGCUAGCAAGCUAGCUAGCUACCUACCAACCUACCCGUGCUUUGGUUCGGUUGGUUGGCGCCAUAGCCAUUGCCGAGGAGCGAGGGAGCAGCCGGGCGGGCAGUCAGGAGGCGGUGAGUAAGCAUGCUGGGAGCGAGCCCCAGGGGCAGGAAGGCCGCCGCGCCGCCGGUGAAGCUGGGGUCGGCGAAGGAGGCGCCGGCGGCCGGUGGAGGAGGGAGCGGCGGCAAGGUGCCGGCGGAGGAGGUGUGGGAGGUGCGGCCCGGCGGGAUGCUGGUGCAGAAGAGGGGCGGCGGCGACGACGAGCCGUCGCCCAACGUGAAGCCCGUGCCCACCAUCCGGGUCAAGGUCAAGCACGCCGGCGUCACGCACGAGAUCUACAUCAGUUCCGAGGCCUCCUUCGGGGAGCUGAAGAAGCUGGUGGCCGCCAAGACGGGGCUGCACCCCGACGACCAGAAGGUGCUGUACAAGGACAGGGAGCGUGACUCCAAGGUGUUCCUGGACACGGCUGGCGUCAGAGACCGCUCCAAGGUGGUGGUGCUGGAGGACCCCGAGGCCCGCGCGCGCCGACUCAUCGGGGAGCGCCGCAGCGGCCACCUCCAGAAGGCCGCCAGGGCCGUCGCCGCGGUCACCGCCGAGGUCGACAAGCUGGCACCCAAGGUGGCGGCGCUGGACGCGUCGGUGCGCAGGGGGGAGAAGGUCGCGGAGAAGGACGUGGUGCAGGUGACGGAGCUGCUAAUGAACGAGCUGCUCAGGCUCGACGCCGUGGUCGCGGACGGCGACGUCAAGGCGCAGAGGCGGAUGCAGGUGAAGCGCGUCCAGAAGUACGUGGAGACGCUGGACGCGGUGGCGGCCAAGAACGCCGCCCUCGUCGGCAAGUCCGGCGAGAAGGCCGCGGCCAAGCCGGCGCCGGCGCCGGCGCCGGCCCCGGCCCCGCCGCCGCGGCAGCAGGGACAGGGGCAGACGCGGUGGGAGAUGUUCGACCUGCUGUCGUCGCUGCCGUCCACGUCCUCGGCCUCGUCAACGACGACCGUGAGCUCCACGGCGUCCUCCGGCGCGCCGCCGCCGAGCCGCCCGGACUGGAUGCUCUUCUGACGAGGGAGGGACGGCGGCCCCGCACCGGCCGGCCACCGGCGCGAAAGCGAAAGGCGAGUGCUUGAUGCGGUGCGAUGCUUGUGUGCCAAAAAUUGCACCCCAAAUCUGGUAGCUCGUCGAGUGUCCUGAUGAGGCCAUGAUUGGGCAGGCGGGGGGGCUAUCUAGCUUUGGCCACACAGCUGCAUUGCGUUGGCCGUUGGGCUGCAUGGUACCGUACCAGCCAAUUCGAGUUCAUCAAUCAUGUGGUGUGAGAGUAUUUUUCUUCUUCACCUCUCCUUUUUCUUUCUUUCCUUUUGAGCUUUUUUUUCCCUCCUCCUCCUCCUCCUCCUCUUCUUCUUGUUCAUGGAAGGUUUGGGAUUCUUUUGGAGUGCAUACUAUACUAUUCAGAUAGAGAAACAGAAAGAUGGAGUUGGUUAGGGCAAGUGAAACGUCUUCAGAUAGGGAAAUAAAUAAAACUAGUCGGUGUCCAAACUCUGAAGAAACGAACAAAGAGGUGCAUGGAUUGUUAGCUUAUCACACUGUUGUUUGAGAGUGAUGAGAGAUGUAUCGAUCAAGAGGCCACUUGGUCGGUAGUCUGUCACUCCUUGUUGCUGCCGAGUUUCUUCCUCCUCCUCAUCAUCCUGUAUAAUGUAAUCAAGCAAUAAUACAAAAUAAAAAAGCGUUUUG